UCUGAAAUCAACAAUUCUCAAUACCAUGACGACAACUUGCUCUACAGUGUCUUAAAUCUACUCGCAGCUGGAGCUGACACCCCGGGGAAAUACAAUUCAGUGGUGUCUCCUUUUCAUGGCCAAACACCCUCAUAUUCAAGGUAAAGGUCUAUCAAAUACUCACAUUAGCCACUAAAUGACUUUUAAUUUCUUCAACCUGCGUCCAGAUCGGGUCCAGGAGGAGCUGGGCAGAGUGGUGGGGAGUCGCCCAGUGCAGACUGAGGACAGGAGGAACCUGCCGUACACGGACGCUGUCAUCCACGAGUGUCAGAGGUUCGCCAACAUCGUCCCGUUGUCCAUUCCUCACAAAACAAGUCGAGACACCACCUUCCAGGGGUACUUCAUCAGAGAGGGGACGACAGUGAUUCCCCUCCUUACCUCUGUCCUGUACGAUGAAAGCCAAUGGGAGACGCCCCACACCUUCAACCCUUCUCACUUCCUGGAUGAGGAGGGCAAAUUCAUGAAGAGAGACGCCUUCAUGGCCUUUUCUGCAGGUCGCAGGGUGUGUCUCGGAGAGAGCUUGGCCAGAAUGGAGCUCUUCCUCUUCUUUACCUCCCUCCUCCAGCGCUUUCGCUUCACUCCUCCACCUGGAGUCACAGAGGACAAACUGGACCUGACACCAGUUGUGGGCUUCACUCUCACUCCCGUACCUCAUGAACUCUGUGCUGUCUGUCGCCUAUAAGGACGAAAUAAUGCAUAUAUAUACAUAUAAAGUCAGAUCUGUGAUAGUGAAGGACGCAACAUUUUCCAAUGCUGCCCGGGCCUUCAGCCCUGUAUUGAUUACAGAGGCUUUUAACAUCAUUAGCAUCAUUGUACUUAAUCAGACCAAUACUCCAGUAGCCUUCCAGAACGUAGUCAUUGAUGGGACACUUAAGCUAAUUAAAUCUGUAUUGGUGUUUCUGAAUGUUAUCUUUUUGUAAGUCUUCUUCUCGAGAUGGAAGAAUUGAUUUUGUUAACCAAUUUACUUUGCUUUUAAAACAAUUUGAGAUGUUAUAAUGGAAAUUUAAUUGAUGUGAAGAUAUUUUAUAUUUCAAUAGAACUUUGAUACAUGUAUUUCUAUCUAAUCCAAUGAAUAGUGUUAUUUGUUUGAUGUGUUAUGAAAAAUUGCAUUCAACAUAAAAUUUUUAGAUUUAUGAACAACCUGUUAUUUGUAUUUAAAACUGAUUAGGCCGAUAAGAAGUCACAUCUUGACUCCCAACAAUCAAUCAAAUCAAUCAACAAUAGUGAUAUUAAAUAGAGAUAUUAAGGGAGUUACAGAGAGAGAGAUUUCAGAACUACACUCUCACAGGGCAGCUGCACUGUUUCUGCAUACUUCUCUUCUUGCAAGAAUAAACCACAGAAAGACAA